GAAGUCUUCAUUUUAUUGUGGACAUUAGAAAAGAAAGGAGCCUUUUUUCGGAGAAAAUUCCAAAUAUCAAAUAAUAGAAAUUUAUCAAGAAAGGCCACUAGUAUUUCAUUUCCCUCUUUUUAAAUAAUAAUCGCUACUUCGAUUCAAACUAUCUUUCCAGCCUUGGCUUGUAAGCGCUAUAUAAACCUAGAUCUUGGAAAGUUUUCAUCUUAUUUUUCUGAAAUCGAAGUGAAAAGAGAAAUGGAUCCUGAUUCAGUGAAAUCAACCCUCUCUAAUUUGGCUUUCGGCAAUGUAAUGGCUGCUGCAGCCCGUGAUUACCAAAAGGAAUUACUUGCUCAAGAAAAAGGACAUGCAUCGUCUUCUGUUAAUGAGGAAUUUGAUCUUGAUGAAUUGAUGGAUGACCCUGAGCUGGAAAAAUUGCAUGCAGAUAGGAUUGCUGCUCUUAAGAAAGAAGCCGAGAAGCGACAUGAAUUGAAAAUGCAAGGGCACGGAGAGUAUAGGGACAUAACUGAAGCAGACUUUUUGGGUGAAGUUACUGGAAGUGAUAAAGUGAUUUGUCACUUCUUCCAUCGGGAGUUCUACCGUUGCAAGAUUAUGGACAAACAUUUGAAGUCCCUCGCUCUAAGACAUUUUAGCACCAAAUUUGUCAAGUUGGAUGCUGAGAAUGCACCUUUCUUCAUUACAAAGCUGGGAAUCAAAACAUUGCCUUGUGUCAUACUAUUUAGGAAAGGAAUUGCGAUAGGGAGGCUGGUUGGAUUUGAUGACAUGGGAGGUAAAGAUGAUUUUAGCACGAGGACUCUUGAAGUUCUUCUGUUGAAGAAAGGUAUGAUUGAUGAGAAGAAAGGAGAAGAAGAUAAUGAUGAUUAUCUUGAUAGUAAACGUACAUCAGUUAGAUCAUCUGUGUAUCCCGAUUCUGAUUCAGACUAGAAAGAAAUUUGCUGUGCUUCUGCUGUUGUCAUGCUCAAUCCACUAGAUAUCACUUUUUCAUGAGAAAGAUUUUGGUUGGGAGAAUUUUUCUCCAGGAGGGCCGGUUGAGCAGUACAUGAGGCUAAAGCUCAGUAAAAGGGCAAUAUUGAAAGAUGAAGAAAAAUUGAUGGAUGGUGCAAUUCUCUCUAUUUAUUUCACACUUAUUCAAUGUGAGAUAUUUAGACUUCUAAGAAAAAGAGUUGUGUGAGAAUAUUUGAUGGUUAUUGUGUCCAAUUCUAUUAUAUCUAUGCAUAUCAAAUAUUUGAUAUACCCGUUAAAAAAAUUGCCAA